AUCCUCUUUUUUUUAUUCUUUCUAGAUACCGAUUGUUUUAAUUAAUUAAAAAAAGAUACUAGAUCAAACAAAAGUCUUCAGUUUCAUACUUGGGGGGAAAUUAAAUAGCUAAUAAAUAAAAAGGGAUCAGAGUGAGUGAAAGAGAGAGAAGAAGCGUUUCGUCCUCUUCUUGGUUUUCCUUCUUCCAUUAAUACAAAUCAAUCCUACUCACAAAGCUUCAUUCAUCUCUCACUUCAGUUUCUCUGUCUCCAUUGAGAGUAACAAAACUCUAUUUAAAAAAAAACCCUCACUUUUCUGAUUCUCAUUUAAUCUCUCAAAUCGGAAGUUUAAAGAAUCCUUCUCGUUCUUUGGUGGGUUUUGUUUUCUUAAGAGAAGUUUCUGGGGAAUAAUCAGAGAAUUGGGAUAUACAGUGUUUAAAAGAAAAAGAGUUUAGGUUGGGAAUUGCUAUAUAGCUUUACCAUAUUGGGACUAAUGAGAGACGACUGAGAAGUUUUCAAACUUUUGUGUGGACUGAUUAUGCAUAAAGAUCUGAUCUCAGCAAGAGAUUGAGCCAAGAAGAAGAAAAGGAGCAGAGAUAAUGUGGUGGUGGUCUUCUUCAUCAAAAGGCCGUUCAAAUCUGGAGAGGUUUCUCUUAGGAGUCACUCCUAAGCCUCCUUCAUUCUCUCUUCCUCAGCAGGGGAAGGAGGAGACGGAAUACUUCAGGCUCGGUGAUCUUUGGGAUUGUUACGAUGAACUGAGCGCAUAUGGUUUUGAAUCACAAGUUGAUCUAAACAAUGGUGAAACCGUUAUGCAGUAUUAUGUCCCGUAUCUGUCUGCCAUCCAAAUCCACACUAACAAACCCGCUUUGAUGUCCAGGAGCUUGAAUGAGGUUGUUCUUGAGUCUGAGAGUAGUGAGUGUUGGAGUGAUAGUGAGAGCGAGAAGUUGUUGUCAAGAUCCAUGAGCAAUGAUUCUAGCAAAACAUGGGAUGCUGUCUCUGAAGAUUCGGUGUUUGAUCCAGAUGGUACAGUAUUGUUGCGAGAUAGACUUGGUUACCUUGACUUUAAAUACAUCGAAAGAGAUCCUCCUUACAAGCGAGUUCCCUUAACCGACAAGAUAAACGAGCUGGCUGAGAAAUAUCCGGGACUGAUGACCUUAAGGAGUGUCGAUAUGUCUCCUGCUAGUUGGAUGGCUGUUGCGUGGUACCCGAUAUAUCACAUCCCAAGCUGCAAGAACGAGAAGGACUUGACGACAGGCUUUUUAACUUAUCAUACUUUGUCUUCUUCGUUUCAAGAUAAUGUGGUGGAAGGAGAUUCUAGUAACAACAAAGUAAUGGAAGAAACUGAUUGUUGUGUUGUAAACAAGAGAAUCCCAUUGCCUCCGUUUGGUUUAGCUGCUUACAAAAUGCAAGGAGAUCUUUGGGGCAAGACAGGGUUUGACCAGGACCGGUUGGUUUACCUUCAAAGCGCUGCAGAUUCAUGGCUGAAACAGCUGAAUGUUGACCACCAUGACUAUAACUUCUUCAUAAACUCCAACUUUUAAAGAUCAGUUUAAGGGGGUCCUCUUAACGUUGGCCCUUUCUUCCAAACACUAAAAAAAACAUAACCCUGAAGUGUUCUUUGUUGUUGUCUGGCUCGUUGUGUUGCUUUAGGUAGCAACGGCCAUUGCAGAGUUUUUUUUUCUCAUGUUGCAAGCCAUGGAUGUUACUAAGAAGAGAACAGAGUUUUUUUUCUUGCAUGAGUGAGGGACCAUGUAAAUGAAGUUGGCUACUCUUUUACUUCUCUUCUGUCUCUUUUUUUACUAAAUGGAUCUGUGAACUCUGUUUUGUACUUUUCUGUCUGAAAAUAUGAAAAUCUGUGCCUUUCUUGUA